GAAUUUAGCUCACUAUGCUGUAUAUUUAAAUCCUUCGCCUUAAAAAAUAAAAAAAUAAAUAAUAAAGUUUGACUUGAACGCGGGAACGGAAAAAUGUGGCGCCACUUUGUGUUCUUCCUUGUUCUACUUUGUGUUUUUAAUCUGUGCGAAAUGAAGAAAAGGAAAAUGGACUAUCCCACAGACAAACAACUAACAUUGCAAAGGAAAGAGACUACACCCGUGGACUUUACAAGGCUUUUGGUGAUGAGAGUUGUGUACGGCUUGGCAAAGGUCAUGGGCUUCCAAGAGCCAGUUAGUGAACUUCUGAACGGAGCGCUGGUUCCUCCUGGAGCUGAUGAUGAUGAUGACUUCGAUGAUGACGACGACGAUGGCUUAUUCGACGACUAUUGA